UUUAUAAGUUUUACUCUCGGUUUUACUUAAAAAAUCCCCCGUAAAAAUGCCCGAAUCGGCUUUGACGGUGUUCGAAAAGGACAAUUUCAAUGCCGAGAAAUACGUCAAAGAGUUGGUGCAGGAUUGCGUCGGCGGACCGGAACUGCAGCAAACGAAAGCCAAGAUCCAGAGCCACAGUGACACGGUAUCGUCUACGCUGAAGAAGCAUGUCUACGAAAAUUAUAUGCAAUUUAUCGAAACGGCCAAGGAGAUUUCCCACUUGGAAUCGGAAAUGUACCAGCUGUCGCACAUCCUGAUCGAGCAGCGCAAUCUGCUGUCAACGUUGCGGGAUGAGUCGAUGCUGGAGGAUCAGAAGUACAUCAUCGAGGAUCAAAGUGUCGAUCCGAACGUGAACGACGAACAGCAGAACAGGAAGGCGAUUCAGUUGAUUAAGGAGUCGUUGAUGGGAUACAAGGGAACGCUGGACGACAAGGUGUUCAUCUAUGAAGGCGGUUUGAUCGAAUUGGAUCCUAACGAUUACAGACCAAUCUGCCGGAUUCACAUAUUUCUCUUCAAUGAGAUUCUGGUGCUGGCUAAGGUCAAGCAUGACAAGAAACUGGAAUUUCUCACCGAGUACGACACCAAGAAGAUUGCCGUCAUCAACAUAAAGGGCCUGGACGGGGUCAACAAGAAUGCGAUCAACAUUUUCACUAGCGAUGGGGCGCGGAUCUUCCAGUGCGUCAAUUCCGCUUCCAAGCUGGAAUGGAUCGACAAGUUUGAAGUGGCCAUCAAGUUUAACCAGCUGAAGCACAAAAAAGGGCCCGCUCCGCAGCCUCCGACGACGUUGAAGUUUGUUCAGCAGAAAUCGGUCGAUAGUGAGCUGCUCAGCCCGACGACAUCGAAAGUGGUUUCCAUCGUGGAAAAGCUGGCACCAGAUUGGUUGACCUCGGCUCCGGAGGAAAUUCAGGCUGAAAUUGCCCAGCGUCACUUUGAGGAUUGUUUGAUGCUGGUGCAGAAGUGCGAGGAGUAUCUGGUCAAGGACAGUGGUUUCCGAGGGGCGGCAGAAAUUAGGGAGAAAAUCAAGGGGCUUAAGAGCAUGCUGUCGUCAGUUUUGAUGCAGGAGUUGUCCACUUCGCAGAGUCGGAGCUUGCAGGCUGCUCUGCGUUCGAGUCGACGUCCCUUGAAGCUGCUGGUGGAGAUGGGAAAGGCGCGGGAGGCUUGUGGGAUAUUGUUGAGGGUUUGCAGCAGUGCUAUUAGGACUUCGCAGCGACAGGCACGGCGUAACAAUCUGGCCGUUUCGGAGCUGUUCUUUUGCGAUGUGGCUCAGGUUGCUAGCGAGUUUUUGCGAGCGUUCAAUAGUAAGGCUUCCUGUACGAGUGCUUUGAUCGUUUGGUGCAACAUGGAACUGCAGUACUUUGCUUCGCAGCUGAUCAAACAUUACCUUACCAAGGAUACUCAGCUGGAGAUGGUAGCCAAGGUGGUGGAAGGCGUCCGAGAACCGUGCACCAAGUUGACGGAGAUUGGAUUGGAUUUGUCCUAUCAUAUGGAAGGCUUGCUACGGAAUACUCUGGAUAAACUCCUCGAGGAAGCCAAGUAUCGUCUGGUGGAUUCCAUUGGGCGAACCGAAGAUGUAUGGCAGCCUUACAACCUACAGACGAAGACCAAUCUGAGGAAUGUUUUGAAAGAAUUUGACGCAUUGGGAUUGGACAUGAAGCCACUGGUGACCGGAGAUACUUGGAUCAAUCUUACACAGACCACGGUGAACUUUUGCCGGCACUUUAUGACCACCACGGAAAGCUGUGCCUAUCUGGCCAAGUACGACUCGCUGAAGUUGGAUGCCGAGAUGCUUCUAAAGGAACUUUUCCUGGCCCAGCACGUCGUCAAGCCGCACUCAUCGAUGAGCGUCGAUCUGAACUUCAUCGCCAAGAACAAGGUCUACAUGGCCGAGAUGCUGCUUCCGAUUGCAAUCGGUCGUUUCGAGAAAAUCUCUGACAAGAAACCGGAUCUGCUAGUAGAACUGCAAAUGCAGCUGAGGGGACCACCUAAACCGAAACCACGAAGCGUUUACAAAACGGACGUUCUCUAAAGACGCUGACAAAACACCAGAGCCUAUCUUACAACGUAUUUAUUCCAUUUAAAGUAAUUAAAGUUAUGCAAAGUAGAAGUUAUGUAACAACGCAAGUGCAUGUACCUUUCGAAUUGCA